CUAAGAGUUAGGCCUUAAUUGAGGCCCCCGGGCAUUAACCUUGAUAUUGCUCGGAGCUUCACCAAGUCCCGUUCCCUUCUUCUUCCCUCUGCUGUCUUCACCAGCUAAGCAGGGCACCGUUGGAAUAGGGAUAAUAUAAAAUCCUGUGUUUAAAGUUUAAACAAAGGCGCGCUCUUAUAUCACGAAGAAAUCUCCAUUCGAGGCCACAGUGUCAAACAUAAAAUUCCAUGGAUACCCUUCUCUCUAACUCCUUGCUUCCCGCUCUUUACGUACCCCAACGACCCUUCCCUCCAUUGAAGAACACCAUCAGCAAGUCCUCUUCAAUCCGAAACCCAAAACCCAAGUCACUCCAUUUUUCUACCAACUCAACUCUUCCGGCCUCUCCACAAGAAGCACAACACAGCCUUCUCUUCAAUGAAUGGCCUCAGCUCCUCAAAUUCUCAAUUGGGUCCAAAAAUCUGAUGCUGGGUCAGGCAAUUCAUGCCUUCUUACUCAAAUGCCGGUGCCAAACUGACACCGACACAUUUCAAGGCAACAAUCUCGUCAACUUGUACUCGAAAUUCAAAAGAUUGGAUGAUGCACACCGGGUAUUCGAUGAAAUGCCUGAGAGAAACACAAUCACUUGGACUACUCUAAUGAAGGGGUAUUCUGAGGUUGGCGAUUAUGCAUCUCUUUUUCGCAUUGCUGGGGACAUGUUUCAGGGAGAGGAGAAGUUUAAUGAGCAUACUUGCUCUGUGAUUUUGGAGGCGUGUGGUUCACUAGAAGAGUCAAGACGUGGGGAACAGGUUCAUGGUUUUGUUGUAAAAAGUGGGCUUCAGGACAACGUUUUUGUAGCUACUUCAUUGGUCUCUAUGUACUCUAGAAGUGACUGCUUGGGCAAUGCCGAGAAAGUGUUCAGUGACAUGGAUUACAAAGAUAUUCAGUGCUUAAAUUAUAUGAUUUUAGAAUAUGGGAGGGCCGGCCUCGGAGAGAAAGCAAUUGGGGUUUUUAUUGAUCUUCUGAGUUCUGGUAUAGAUCCAAAUGAUUAUACAUUUACUAAUUUAAUCAGUGCAUGCAGUGGAGAUGUGGGUGUGCAUGAAGGCCAGCAAUUACAUGGGCUCGCUCUGAAGUAUGGAAUUAUGUGUGAAACUUCUGUUGGAAAUGCAGUUAUAACAAUGUAUGGAAAGCAUGGGAUGAUUGAAGAGGCCGAGACAAUGUUCCAUGCACUGGAUGAGAGGAACUUGAUCUCUUGGACAGCUGUUUUAUCAAUGUAUGUCAAAAAUGGCCCUGUUUAUAAGGCUCUGGAUGUUUUCUUGAAAGUACUUGAUCUAGGCAUUCAUUGUGAUUCUAGUUUUUUAUGUACUAUUCUUGAUGCCUGCUCAGAGUGCAGAAAUCUGGAAUUGGGACGUCAAAUCCACGCGUGUGUUACAAAACUUGGUUAUUACUCUGGUGUUCAUGUUGGGACAGCUUUGAUAGACAUAUAUGCCAAAUGUGGGAACUUUCAAUCUGCAAGACGGGUUUUCGAUGGUCUUUCAGGUAAAAAUACUGCCUCACUCAAUGCAGUUCUGGCUGGAUUCAUGGAAUCACAUAUACAUGUUAAAGACGAUCCCAUUGUCUUAUUUAAUCAAUCAAGAUAUGCUGGUAUAAUUCCUGAUUCCAUAACUUUUUCACGGCUCCUUAGCUUGUCUGCUGAGGAAGCCUGCUUGGUUAUGGGUAAGAGUCUUCAUUCUUAUGCUAUCAAAGCUGGACUUGAAGCCAAUUCCACUGUAGGUAAUGCUAUAAUUACCAUGUAUGCCAAAUGUGGUAGCAUUGAAGAAGCUUUUCAAAUGUUCAAUGGUAUGAAUAGUCGUGAUUGUGUAUCCUGGAAUGCCAUAAUUUCAGCAUAUGCUCUUCAUGGAGAAGGCACCAAAGCACUUUCACUGUUUGAAAAUAUGAAGGAAGAAGGUUUUGCCCCUGAUGGAAUUACGUUGUUGGCUGUUCUUCAAGCUUGCAGUUACUCUGGAAUAUGGGAAACUGGGUUAUGCUUAUUCAACGAAAUGGAGCCAAAAUAUGGGACUAGGUCCGUGAUUGAGCACUUUGGUUGCAUGGUCGAUCUUUUGGGUCGGGCUGGGAAAUUUUCAGAAGCCAUCGAUUUCAUCAACACAAGUCCAUUUCCAGACUCACCAAUGCUUUGGAGAACUUUAGUCAAUGUCUGCAUGUUAUGUGGGAAUUUAAAUUUUGGCAUUUUAGCUUCAAAGCAUUUGCUUGAGUUGGAACCUGAUGAGGCUGGGUCAUAUAUACUUGUUUCAAAUAUGUAUGCUGGAGGAGGAAUGUUUGAUGAGGCUGCAAAAGUUAGAACUGUUAUGAAUGACUUGAAAGUAAACAAAGAAGCAGGUUGCAGCUGGAUUGAAGUAGAUAAUAAGUUUCAUUAUUUUGUGGCUAGUGAUAUGGACCAUCCGAAAAGCGAUGAAAUUUAUGAGAAGUUGAAUCUCUUGAAGAUUCAAAUAAAACUGAACAGUCAUGAUAGAAGUGAUCUUUGUCUGGCUGCAGAUCCUUUAUAACGGAGCAUAUGCAACUAGAUCACUUCCCUAAGAUGAAGAAUACAAUAAUGAUGGAUAUCAGUCAAGGUGCUUCCCUACUGUAAGUGCUGAUUCUGAUAUCUUAAAUGCUAGAGGAAUAUGGAUUCUACGUGCUUUGAUUUUUGGGACAUACUUGGAAUAACUAACUAGAUGUUAAGAAACGCCCUGGGCAUGUAAACCUCCGGGGGAUUGGUCAAAUCCCUUUUUGUUAUGAUCUUGUUCUACCACUUGAAAGUAGAGUAGUGAGAAAAGGCACGCUGUACAUAAUAUCACCCACUACUUAAUGUAAAUGUUAAAUUAAUAGCGAUGGAAUUUGACACCUCAACCCAACUGGGAAGUCAGUUUGUGACAGUGUUCUGGCCUUCGCUAUUAGAUAUAAUUUAUAGUUC